CACAAAAAAACCACCAGCUCGUAAGAUAAACUUCCAUUCGAACGCGGGCAUUAAAUUAAGUCGAACAACACAAAGAAGAGAAAGAAGUAACCGCUCAAUUUUGUUCAGGCACGAGCAAUUCCCGACAAAGGCCCAAAAGUAUGUGCUUUAAGUAUCCAUCCGCGAAAAGGAAGCGAGCGAGAAGAAGAAAAAGAGCGAUCCCAAGCUGCGUUCGACGAAAGAAGUCUUCUUUGGUCGUUUCAAAAAUACUCGAACCGCGGGUCGUCAUUUAAGGUAGAGGGGGGAGACAGAGCGUGCGUGCGCGUGUGUGUAGGGCUGCGGAUGGUCUCGAACACACUGCAUGUGUGCGCGCAGUGGGCCCUCUCGUCGGCAGCAAUCGCACAACUGUGUAUGAGUGUGUGCCGUAUUAAUAGCCCGCGGCUUGAGGUCGUCAGUUGUUGGCCUGGCGCUAGCGCGUGUGCAAGCCUGCUUUUAAAUUGCCGGUAUAGCCGCCGCGGUGUGGUGAUGCUGGUGUCAUGGUGCAGGUCGUCAUGACGCAGCUUCGGCAUCCACCUUCACCGCCGUCACAACCACCAGCGUCCAGCUCGUCAUGAUGGUCGCACUGUCGCCUCUACUCGUCGCCGUCGUCGCCCUCCAUGUCGCCGUAGCCGCCGCCGCGUCCGCUCAGCAGCGCAAACCGCUCGAGUCGUCGCGUCAAGGAUCGUCCGUUGCGUCUCAUCGGAGACAGGCGAAUGUGAGCGAGUACACGAACUGGAGCGACUGGUCAGUGUGCGACAGGUACUGCCAGCAGAAUCGCGUCAAGCGCUGCCAGCUGAGAGAGAGAUGCGGUCGCACGAUUUUACGAGAGGAGCGAGUGUGCGAGCACGGCGGAUUGCGCAAAAACUCGCGCUGCAAACAUCACCAGCGACGAGCAGCUCGUCGAAAGCCCAAGCGCUUUCGGAUUGUGCAAAUUCCUGAAGAAGCCAAACCACGUCAUGGACGAGGCAAACAAGGCGAUAAUAAAGACUGGUUCAAAGGACAUUACGGGAAGUGGAGCAAAUGGUCGAGUUGCACACGAUCGUGUACCACCCAGCGACAUCGAUGGUGCAGAAUACCGGGCCUCUGUAUGAAAGAUGUCAUUCGGCAGACUGCAUACUGUUACUUUCAAGGCAGUUACUGUCAGAAGUGGAUUCGACGAAAAUUCCGCAAUAAUUAUGAUGAUUCUAGUAAUGACUUAGUUGUAGAUAAAUAUGAUCUCAAUAUAAACGGUAUUGAGAAUUCAACCCAUGACGAAAGUAGCUGGAAAUGUGGUGUAUCGAGCAAAGAUACAAGGCUCUCGUAUUUAACGAGGAUAAUAGGCGGUCGACCAGCUACACCGGGUAGUUGGCCGUGGCAGGUUGCUGUGUUAAAUAGAUAUGGUGAGGCUUUUUGUGGCGGCACUUUAGUUUCUCCACGUUGGGUGCUCACAGCCGCUCACUGCGUUCGAAAACGCCUGUCAGUUCGUAUCGGAGAGUACAAUCUCUUAAUCAAAGAAGGCACUGAAGUAGAAUUCAGAGUCGACUACGUCGUAACUCAUCCAAAGUACAAUGCUCACACAGUUGAUAAUGACAUUGCCUUGUUAAGAUUGCCAAUAAUUUUAACUCCCGCAGAUUCUCGUGGAAUCGCAUGUCUUCCAGCACCCUGGCAGGAAUUACCUUCCGACCAGCUGUGCACUAUUAUUGGUUGGGGAAAAGCCAAUGCUUCGCAUGAGUUCGGAACGGAUGUUCUUCACGAAACCAAAAUACCAAUCGUUUCAGACACGAUGUGCCGAAAUGUUUACGUGGAUUACAAAAUUACCGGCAAUAUGUUUUGCGCCGGCUACCGUAGCGGAAGAAUGGAUUCGUGUGCCGGUGACAGCGGCGGCCCAUUACUCUGUCGUGAUCCCGAGAAAACUGAACACCCCUGGACGAUUUUUGGAAUAACUAGUUUUGGGGAAGGUUGUGGAAAGCGUGGAAAGUAUGGCAUAUAUGCGCGUUUGUCGAACUACGUACAUUGGAUCAACAAAGUUAUCAAGCAGACGGACACGGAUGACGAAGAUUAAUGCCUUUAAAUGAGAGC